AUGCGAAAGAAAUGCCUCAACAAUUGCAUAUUUGCACCUUACUUUGAUUCCGAUAAAGGAACCGCCAAUUUUGCAUCGAUUCAUAAUAUUUUUGGAGCGAGCAACGUUACAAAACUUCUAACGAAUAUUCCGAUCGACAAACGGCCCGAUGCAGAUUCAUGGAUAGCCAAUCAGCAGCCGUUACCUGAUGAUCACAACACUUUCGCCGGAGCUACGGUGGGGAGCGGCGGUGGGGAAGAGUUUGCUGGGGAGUUAUUGAUGAGGAAUCAACGUGGAAGGAAAAGAUCUGCCCCAAGCAUGCACCUGGUCAUAACUCUUCAAUCUGAGCUUUCGACCUUCCAAGCCUAUGUAGCCAGUCAACCACUACCUCAGCAACAGCCGCCGUCUUCUCUGUUCAUGUCGGACUUCCCUUUUGCUGGCGCUGCCACCCAUGACAUGGCACAUCUCUUUGAGUUUGAUCCAAAUAUUGGAUCAUCUCAACAACAGGAUUCAUGGGCAUCCAAUCAGCAGCAGUUCCAUGAUCAGAACACUUUCGACGGAGCUCCGGUGGGCAGCGACGGUAGGGAAGAGUUUGCUAGGGUGUUACUGCUGAGGUAUCAAAGAUCUACCCCAAGCAUUUGCCACCUGGCCCUAAUUGAUAAUUAG